CUUCGCGGUACCUGAUAUCCCAUCAGAUCUGAAACAUAUCCUCGUGCUCACGUAUCCAAAUGUUGAUGUCGGACUGCAUGCUGUACCUCGUUCAUGAACAGACUGGGGCUUUGUGUUGCUCCAUUGAGUCUGUGUUCUCCAGGGGUUCUGUCUUCUGUGUACGUCAAAUGACAUUUCCUCAUCUUGUGUCUCGCUAAUACUGCUGAAUGGUUGCUGCCGUUCCAGUGGCUGGUGUCCAGGGUGGGUGGUGGCUGUGCGGGUGGGCGCCUGCCAGUGGUGGUGAUGAUUGGUGGUUGCGGUGGUUUGACGAGGCGGGCAGGCGGGUUAUUAGCGGGUUGGGUAUGACAGGGAGGCAGGGGAGACAGCGAGGCAGUGCUGAAUUGUCUAACCCCCCAUUUCGACCUUUCGGGAGACCAACACCGGGAAGCCUUGCCCGUACACUGAAGCGUCGUCAUGAGCAGCGCCCCGAUGUCAACACAAGCACUCUCCGAGGGGGCGGCGGCGGAGGGGACUUGCCAGUGGAUUCUCGACGACGAGGUCCCGGAGUUGAAGGCCUGGGCGGCGUCCGGUGCAUCAUUGUCAUCAUCACCGUCGUCGUCGUCGCCAGCGUCAACGCCAACGUCACCGGUCGGCGGCGAGAGGCCGGCCGAGUUGGGGCUGAUGGCGAUGAGCACCAGCAGCACCAGCACGACCAGCAACAACAGCCUGGCCGAGAAAUCGCAGGGCCGCGUGAGGAGACGGGAGACCAGGAGCAGGAGGAGGGGAGCGGAAAGUGGCACUGCUGCUAUUUCUUCCUCGGGGGCAAGGAUGCCUCCACGGGCACGUUUGCCGGAGGACGGCAUGGCACUAGCACCGCCGAGGAGGCGGUCAGGACGUUUUGCAGGCAGCUGAUCGCCGCUCAGCCCGAGCUGCUAUCCGCGGUGGCAGAGCAGGAGGAUGAGACGCUGCUACAGCUCCUCCUCGACGACGAAGACAAUGGGGAAAGACAGCCUAGCAGCGCAUACACCAGCGGAGGAGGCGGAACAUCCACCGCGAAUUAUGAGACGAGCAGCCGCCUCCACGCACUAUGGCAGUGCUUCCUCGGCUUGCUCCAGCACCCCAUCGCGCGCUCACGACCGACCGUGUGCAUCAUCGACGCCUUUGACGAGUGCGAGGACGUGUCCCGCGAGGAGCUGCUGGACCUGAUCAUUGCGUUCCUGGCGGCGUCGCAGCAGCCUGGCGGGGCGGCGUUCGGGGGUCGUCUGAAGAUCUUUGUGACGAGCAGGCCCGAUCACGGGGUCAAGAGUGUCUUCCUCGCUCGCGGGGCCACGCAAUCGGCAGAAGGUGUGGCAGGCCCGUCACCUGGGAAAGGCUCAUCAGCAGCCGAUGCAGCACGUGUGCGUAUUGUGCAUCUGCGGGCACAGAGUCUUAGUGCUUUCCAACGGCGGGAUAUUGCGUUGGUAGUUGAGCGGGAGAUCGUGGGUAUGGAGAAGCAAGGAGUUCAGCCACAAACUCUCGACACGAUCCGCCAACAACUCUUACCUGGUAAAGACGGCACUGGCCACGAAGACGACCGUUCGUUCCUGGAAGUCACGCUCUUGCUCACCGCUAUCAAGCGGCGACUCGCCGCCACCACCGCCGCCGCACAGCGAGGAGAACCACAGAUCGAACCGAUCCUGGAAUGUCAAACGCUCCCGGACAUCUAUGAAGCUUUGAACAGCUCAAUCCCCAACAGCGAUUACCACAAGGUGAGGAAGAUCCUAGCGGUUGUGCUUGCAGCACAGGAACCUCUCACGGUAGAGCAGUUGCGGAUUGCGUGCGCUAUAGAGCCAGACUAUGACACUUUUGACCUUUCGCGGUCCCCACGGCGGCCGAAGGGGCGCGAGUUUGCCGAUGUAGUCGACCGACUUGACGAUGUGCCGGACUCGGCGAGCGACCUCGAGGGCCUAUGCGGCAACCUGGUGCGUGUUGUGGAAGGCAGAGUCUACCUGGUGCAUGGGACUGCCCGGGAGUUUCUGCUGGGCAAGAAGAGCACCAACGAGAAGGAACGAGAGGAGCUGGUAACUCAACGACUGAAUGAGGACCAAAGCGUCGUGUCUGACGACCAGGGACCUACAAAGCGGCCGGCCAGCAGCUACCGGUCAGGGUCAAGCCAUGCGGACCGGCUGCAGCACAGCUUCUCCUUGAUCGACUGCCAGUGCCAACUAUUGGAGAUCUGUGUCACCUACCUAUACAUGCUCGCUGCCUACCGUCUCCAGAAGCGUAGCCUUCUCCGCAGCCACGACAAGCACAGCCAGCGCCUGCACAGGCACUGCUACAAGCAGAUGAGGCCGUUCCUCGCCUACGUCAGCAGAGGAUGGCCGCGGCACCUCCGCGUUAUCCUUAACUAUACCCGUCGCCAAAAGACCUCCCAGAGCCCCCGGAUAGCAGGCAGGCACAUGAGCUACUAUCACGGCCUAUGCCAUCCCCAGUUCCCAGCAUUCACAGACUGGGUGGCGUUCCACCCACGCGAGCUGCUGGAGUUCAGGGAUGGGGAGCUCGGCCUCUACACGGCCGGGGAAGUGCCGGAUGAGGUCAAGCAAGACCGGAUCAUUCGGUGGUUCGGUCUGUGGCCGGCGGAGGACGACGGUGGUGACGACGAUGGCAGGGAUAUAUUCACGACGGGACUUCCUCGAGAGUCGGACCGGGAUGGUGGCAGGAUGGAAGAUCUGAGCAUUGUGGGCGGACAUGACGAUGACGAGGGCAUAGACGACGACUGGCUCGAGAGUGAAGAGGUGCAUGAGAGGAAGGCACACGUGGCCAGACGGACAAAGCGCGAGGCGGGCCUGCAGAUGAGCUUCGUGGAGGGCAUGCUGUCGACUCGCGUCGAGCCGUUCGGGAGGCGCCACAACCUCAGAGCCGUCUGGUACUGCUCACUUUCCGCCAAGUACUCGAUUUACGGCGUAGUGCGCCUGAGCUGA